AUGGUGUACCGGGGGAAGCCAAGUCUGGGGUGUGCCUUAUGCAGGACACGACGACUAAUCUGUGAUCGACGUCGCCCGUCGUGUACACAAUGCCUGAAGGUCAACCAGGAGUGCUCUGGCUAUCGCGAUCCCAACGUUCUAAGAAUCUGCGACCAAACCGACGAGAUUACAGUGAAAGUCGAAGGUCGAGGGACUAUCGCCCGCAAACAACGCAAGCCGCCUUCUUCGUCAAAGUCUCCUUCCCCGGCCUCUAUACUUCCUCCGCCAACCACGAUCGACGACCAGGUCAUGUCGCAUAUCUUCACUUACUACGUCGGGCUAGAAAGUAUGGCGAGAAUCAACCGACUUCCCGAACUAAAGCGCGUGGCAGGAGAACAGUACGGGAAAGCCCUGAUUGCCACUAACAACGCACUACGAGACCCAGUAUCGGCCAAAUCCGACUCCACUCUCGGGGCUGUUAUAUUGCUCGGUAUGUAUGAGUUGAACACAUUCCCGAAUCCAAUGCGGGGCUGGUCGCAGCAUGUUCGUGGAGCCACAAAGCUUGUUGAACUACGUGGGAUGGAGCAGUUGCACUCAUCAACGGGACUUGAGUUGUUCAGACUGGUGCGCUUGCAGAAUGCAAUUAGCAGCAUUUUCAGGAGAUCCCAGAGGUACAAUUCACCAAGAAUAACAGCCCUUACCAACGUAGCACGAGCCAAUAAGGACAAAGGUUCACAGCCGAUGGAGACAUUCUGCGACAUACUGAUACAACUACACGACCUCUCUGUCAAAGUGGACGACGCAGCCUUGGCUGACGAUUCCAUCGACACACUGAGCAUACUAGUCAGCAAGGCCCUCCACCUGGACACUGACCUGCGAUCCUGGGCCAUGUCACUCGGUCCGCAUUGGCAAUACUCCGUCGUUGACACACACAGUAAUCCCAAAUCUCGUCCGCAAAUUCCUCUUCACAGCGACACAUACCAUGUCUACAAGACAGUCGGGGUAGUUUCAAUGUGGAACCAUUACCGUCAAACCCGGAUCAUAAUACACGAAAUGAUUAGGUCAAUGGCCCUACCUCUCUGGGGCUUACAAGGGACAUCUGAAUGCCAGCAGAUGGUGCUCAACUCGAUAGACACUAUCAAGCAAAUGACGGACGAUAUCUGCGCCAGUGUCCCAUACCACUUUGUCUCUGGGGAGGUGACAUUCACAGCUGUGGUUCGCCUGCUAUGGCCUCUAUUUGUGGCGGGCGACUGUGCGAGUUCAGAUCCCGCCACCAAGGAAUGGAUCAUUCGGACUUUGGAGCACAUUGGGAAUGCGACGGGGAUUCAGCAGGCCCUUGGUAUGGCUAAGAUGCUUAGGAAUGGACAUACGAGGGGCUUUAUUCCGGGAACUUAA